CGGCAGGAGCACUUCUUUUGGCCGGACGCGAGGUUGGUAAUUUUAACGGUUCGGAUGCCUCGACGGGAGCUGUCUCCGACAUUCCCGCGCUGGCAGCAGCGCUGUGGUUGCUGGUUUGGGUGGAUGUCUUGGUUUCUGUUCCACUUUCCGUCUCGGUUGUCGUUGCUGUCCCUGUUGUCGGCUUCGUAUCAACCGCAUCAACCGGAUCAACGACACCGUCCAAUUUCCUGUUCGGGCCGCCUUUUUCUGCCUCCGUUUGCGUCGAAUCACCCUGGAGUAUGUUCAGCGUUUCUUGUUGCUGUUGUCGCUGUCGCCUCAUUUGUUCGAUCUCAUUUUUCUUUUGCGCAAUGAACCGAUUGAUCUCGCUCUGGUCAUUGACCCUAACGACGCUGAGAAACGCCACAUCCAAAGAACGAAUCAAACGCAGUGAGUCUCUUUGUUUGGAAAGACGAAAUCGCGGCAAUAGACCGUGCUUUCUGAAAAAACAAACGCAUUGUGGUAGGAAAAAGACCAGGGUAGCAUCGACAAAGCUCCACACCCGACCAUUUGUACAAUUCAAUCCCAUUUCCAGCAACGACACAGCAACGACGACAAAACCCAAAAGGCUCGACUCACUUGCACCGAUUGCAGGACUUUUUGCACCUGGCGUGCAUCUUCUGCCGGUUGGUCUGGCACUCCCCCGUUGCCGCCCAGAAGGGACAAUUCACCGGAUCGGCGUCGACGCAGGCCCCCCCGGUUUCGGCGUCUUCCCCGGCGUUAGCGUAAGCGGCUUCGGCCGGAACGCAGACUUGGAGCAGGAGCAGCAACACCAACAGCGGGCCUAUCGCCACCACCAAAGACCCAAACCGCGGGCGGGAAGCUUUCCUCUCUUCUUUCCAACCCCUUCGCGUCCUUGUCGUCGAUUUGCGGUGCAAGAGCAGGGCAC